AUGCCGCCACCUCCGCCGCCGCCUGGGACCGGCCCCGCUUCAGGUCUGCCGCCGCCAAUGCCUCCGCAGCUGCAGGCCAUGAUGCGUCAGAUGCAGCAGCGCCAGCCCAAGUUCCAGCAGCAGCCGCAGACGCAGCCUCCAGCUCCCUACCAGCAGCACCAAGGAGGUCGCGGAGGUGACGACGUACGCGACGGCUCGAGAUUCUUCAUGCCGUCGUUCCUGGAGGACCCAGAGGAGAUGCGACCACGUCAAGUGCAGCAGUAUCGGACCGAGGACGGACCUGGACGAGUGUUCUUUCAGCCGUCGUUCCUUGAAGAUCCGUGGGCGCAGUUGGUGAGGUAA